UCGGCCUUAAUUUGUUUCGCUAACUUUAGAAGAAAUAGCUUCACCCACCAACCGUUGUCAACCGAUUACCGUAAUCAUAUUGCUCAUUUACCUCUUAGGUCCGAGGACGGACCUAUAAUUUUAUAUGGAAACCACAUCAUUUUGAAAGAAGAAGGUUGUUGUAUCCAAGAUGGCUAUUUUCUUUGAUCAUCGAGUUCAGUCAGGCUCAACUAGCCAUGUUGAUAUAUCAUGGCAUAAUGAACAACCUUUACUUGCUAUUGCAAUGAGAGGCCAGCAAGGCGGAGGUGUCAUCAACAUUUUCAAUGAAGAGGGUCAAGCCCUUCCAGCAGCUAAUCUUCAACGUUCUUGCUACUCCACCUCAUUGGCCUGGCAUCCUACCCAUCCUUCAGUGGCUGUAGGAUGGGAGAGUGGAGAGAUAUUAAUCUGGAAUGAGCAAGAUCAGCAGCUUCAGGAAGCCACCAAACUUCACAAGGCUCAGGUCUGCUUGCUUCAAUGGAGCGCCAAGGGUCAACGUUUAUUAUCAGGGGAUAAGGAAGGAACAUUGAUCAUGUGGAAGAGUGAUGGAAAAGGUCAUCUGACUAGUAAUCCUAUUAGUCAAUUACCAUCUCAACAGACACCAACCCAAUGUUUAUUUCCCUAUGGUGGACCAAAACAGGAUGAUGAACGGAGUGCCCCAUGGAGUUCAAAUUUGUACAAGGGUUCAUCCAGUCUAAUAGCGGAUGGCAAUGCUUGCUUUGUAGGAGGAGAGGAAGGUCACAUUGUUUUCAUGGAUGACAAGGGCAACAUGUCCCAGGCUGUAUCUGUAGAAGGCCCAGUCAAGAAAUUGCUGUAUAAUAGCCAUCGGAAUGUCAUGGUGGUUGUAACUAAGUCAAUGGCUCUAUCUCAAUACAGUGUUUCACAAGAUGGAAAGCUGACAGAAAUGAUGAAGGUGAAGUUAAGUGGUAAACCUAAUGAUAGUGACUGUGACAUGGUUUGGGCUGGUAAGGGUCUUCUAGCAACAGCAUCUGGAGAAUCAUUAGUCAGGAUGUGGGAUCUUGAUAAGGAUGAUAACUAUGUUCUUGCUCUGGAUAAGAAUAUCGGCUUUGAGAUGGGGGAAAAUAUCACAUGUGUUGCGUACUCUUCAAAAAAGGGUUUAUUGGCUGGAGGUACAGACAAGGGUCGGGUAGCUAUGUGGCGCUACUCACCUGUUCCUGGUGUCUUAGGGCGUAGACAGGAAGGAGAAACCAAAUGGAAACUUCAGGUCCCUUGUAACCUAGAAGGUCAACUUGGUCAGAUCAAAUGGGGUUCAAGGAGGGAUCUACUAGCUACUAAUAGCUUCAGUGGAGUAGUUAUUCUCAAUGAACACAUCAUGAGUGCUAGUAUGAAAGAUCAGGUUGCUGUAGUCCAAGCUGGACCUAGUUCUAUUUCUCUAGAUGUCUUUGUGAAUGGCUCUCAUCAUGACAUUAAGACUGAUAUACAUAUCAAAGGAAUAUGCAACACUAAGGACCAUGUUGCUGUAUGGAAUGGCAAGCAAGCUGUAGUCUAUGAGAUUAGUCAAACCAUCAGGGCAACAGGUACUUUCUCAACUGACUCUAAGAUGGUUCGUAUUCAUGAGCAGAAUGCAUACACUACAGAACCAGGAAAAAUACAAGUCAGAACUUUCCAGGGCACUGUAAAGCAACUCAUCUCAAUGAAUGAGAAUGAAGGGGAGCCCUGUACAAUGGAAAUCAUGGGUAAUUACCUAGUUGUUGGAACAUCAGGAGGGUUUGUGAAGAUGUAUGAUGUAUCAAGGAGGGAAGCUAAGCCGCACAAUACUCCUAAGAACCUAAUGGAUGUUAUACCUGGUAUGGGAAGCAUUCUUAUGGCUAAGACUAACUGUAACGGUACAAAGCUUGCUAUCAUCGUCUCAAAGAGUGAUGGUACUACUGACCCCAAACUGUAUGUAUGGGAUCCUGAUCUAGACACGUUAGGUUUCUUUGAUCUAAAGACAGGACAUGGUGAUCAAGAAGAUGAACCUCUUAGUAAAGAUGAUGAUAUCACUGAUGCAGAAAGGGGUCGUGAGGAAGCAGCCCAGGAUGUAGCUGGUCGUUAUCCAAUCAAUAUCUUCUGGGAUACACAUGAACCUAAGCUGUUGGUUUGUGAAGCAAAGCUAUCCCAUCAGGAAGAGACUACUACACCUAAGAAAACUACAUCUCUACUGAGUACCAUCGUCAAUACACAGCCUGAGAUGAUGGUAGUAUCUCUGUUUACAACCUUGGAGCAUGGUGUGGUCCUACAGGAUAGUUUUGGUCAUGUCCAGGGGACUUUACUUGGUGUAGAAGUACCAUACUUCUACUUCAUCAAGAAGGCUGGGGAUGGGAAAACAAAGAAAGGAGUUUUCCCUGGUGAGAAGAUGGAUGAUCCUGGUCCUAUUUCAUCAUCAUCUCUGGUUGCUAGACAAGUGAUGAGAAACUUUGCUGGUUUAGAAGACGGUGAUAAGAGUGCUAGAGAUGCUAUGAUGAACUUUAGUUAUUACCUCACUAUUGGUAAUAUGGAUGAAGCAUUCAAAGCCAUUAAACUUAUCAAGAGUGAGUCAGUAUGGGAGAACAUGGCUAAGAUGUGUGUGAAGACUAGAAGGUUGGAUGUAGCCCGUGUUUGUCUUGGUAACAUGGGACAUGCUAGAGGAGCUAGAGCUUUAAGAGAAGCUGAGAAUGAACCAGAGCUUGAUGCAAGGGUUGCUAUGCUUGCUGUUCAACUUGGGCUGUUGGAUGAUGCUGAGAGACUGUACAAGAACUGUGGACGUUAUGAUCUUCUUAAUGCAUUCUACCAAGCCAGUGGACAGUGGGGAAAGGCCAUGGAGACUGCCGAACUGAAUGAUCGUAUUCAUCUAAGAACUACCUACUAUCACUACGCUAAACAUCUAGAGGCAAAGGGUGACAUCAAUGGAGCUAUUCCAAACUAUGAGAAAUCAGAUACACAUCGAUUUGAGGUUCCAAGAAUGCUGUUUGAUGAGCCUCAGGCUUUAGAAGCGUAUAUUAUGAAGACAAAAGACAGAGCAUUGAGGAAAUGGUGGGCCCAGUACAUGGAGAGUACAGGAGAGAUGGAGACAGCUUUACAGUUCUAUGAAGCAGCUCAAGAUUACCUAUCCCUAGUCAGGGUUUACUGUUACUGUGGUAAUAUUGAUAAGGCUGCUGAGAUUGCUAAUGAAACGGGUGAUCGAGCAGCUUGUUAUCAUCUUGCUAGACAGCAUGAAAAUCAACAGGAUAACAUCAAAGAGGCCAUUCAUUUCUUCACUAGAGCUCAAUCAUACAGUCAGGCUAUUAGAUUAUGCAAGGAACAUGACAUGGAAGAUCAACUAAUGAACCUAGCUUUGAUGAGUACUAAGGAAGAUAUGAUAGAAGCAGCUCGUUACUAUGAAAAUAACCGCAAUACUCAUGAUAAAGCUGUUAUGCUUUUCCACAAGGGAGGUCAUUUCUCUAAGGCCCUUGAGCUAGCCUUUGAAAGCCAGCAGUUUGGUGCCUUACAGCUCAUCUCAGAAGAUCUUGAUGAAAGAACUGAUCCAGUUCUUCUCAAUCGAUGUGCACAGUUCUUCAUGGAACAUGGACAGUAUGACAAGGCUGUUGAUUUACUUGUUGUAGCUGGAAAGUAUUUUGAGGCAUUAGAGCUCUGUCAGGAUCACAAUGUGAAUAUCACAGAACGCUUAGCUGAGAAGAUGACAUUGUCUAAAGAUGAUAGCCAGGGUGAUAUGAGACUCAAACUAUUAGAGAAGGUGGCUGAUCUAUGUUUCCUACAAGGAUCAUAUCACCUAGCAACCAAGAAAUAUACUCAGGCUGGUAACAAGGUCAAGGCUAUGCGAGCACUCCUGAAAUCGGGUGACACUGAAAAAAUCAUCUUCUUUGCUGGUGUGUCACGUCAGAAAGAGAUCUAUGUCAUGGCUGCUAACUAUCUCCAGUCCUUGGACUGGAGGAAAGAUCCUGAGAUCAUGAAGAAUAUUAUUGGUUUCUAUACCAAAGGAAGAGCCUUAGACUCACUGGCUGGCUUCUAUGAUGCUUGUGCACAGGUUGAGAUUGAUGAGUAUCAGAACUAUGACAAAGCUCUUGGAGCUUUGACAGAGGCAUAUAAAUGUCUUAGUAAGGCUAAAGUCAAGAAUCAGACACAGAUUGAAGAGAAACUAGGAGCUCUUAAACAUCGGAUCAGUCUUGUCAAGAAGUUUGUCCAAGCAAGAAGAGCGUAUGAUGAGGAGCCAGAAGAAUCAAUGCGUCAGUGUCAGGUCUUGCUUGAAGAAACAGAAUUAGACAGCGCUAUUAGGAUUGGUGAUGUGUAUGGCAUGAUGGUAGAACAUUAUGCUAGACAAGAGAAUUAUAAGAAGGCCUAUGCUUUUAUGGAGGAGAUGCGAUCAAGGAUAGCUACUGUCAACAUGGCCUACUACAUCAACAUCCGCACCAUUGAGGCUGUACACAGAGCCCUUGACAUACCUCUUGGGCGUGGCACAGGGGCGGAGAAGAAGGGUGUGGUCAUGGGUGAUGAUCUUGGUCAGGAUGAGGAUGACGGAGAGGAGGUAGAAGAAGAUGUUCAGGAGGAUUAUAAUGAGGAUGAGGCUUACUGCUGAUCAUGCGUGUAACCCAUUGACUAAUGAAUUCUGUAUUCCCCAUAGACUAAAUACAGGGACAGCCUGAUUCUUGUAGGUAUUGGGUUAAUCCAUUGACUACUGAAUUCUGUAUUCCCCAUAGAUUUUAUACAGGGACAGCCUGAUUAUUGAAUUUAAUUAAUAUCUCAUUGUCAAGUACAUUCAUAUGAAAUAUUUCAUCACACUCUGAAAAUAAUCAAUCAGUAAUUAUUUUUUGCUACAAUUAAAGUAACAUGUGUUGCAUAUUGACAAUGCCACAUGGGUAAUGAUAUCCAUUGACAUCAUUUUUGGAGAUGUAGUCAUUAUUGUCAUUUAAAAUUUGAGACAUCUUUUAUUCUUAAUUGGUUUCUUUUGAAAUGUUAUCACUGUUGAGUUGCCAACAUGUAUAUAGUGUGAAGAAAACUGUGAUGUGCCUUGUACACACUAGAUAAAUGAGCCAUAUCAAAUACUCAAUUGAUGACUGGAUAGAAAAAUUUUAUCAUCCAAACUCUUUCAUUACAAUGAUUUCCAUCUGAGAUCCAUAACAUACUAAUAUUUCACCCACAGUAAUAAUAAUAAUAGGCAUUUAUAUAGCGCCAUCUAUCUAAAAAGAAUCCAUUCCAAGGCGCAUUGUUUAUUAUUAUUAUUACCCAGGCUAAUGUGAUAACAGGGAUAUUGUGCCAUUUUCACAGAAUAAUGAUUAACAUUCAUUCUUGCGGAAUAAACCAGUAUCUUGCUCUUGCAUUCAAACCUUAGCAAAAGUUAAUUGUUCAGAAUAAAAAAAUCAAAAACACAUGGUUGACAUAACACUGUAUCCACUGGGAGUUACUUUCCUGUGAUGAUAUAUAGGCUCAGUGAUUUCAUUGAUCAUGGUUGCCAAAAUACUAAAUUGAUUUAUGGCUACUAUAUCUAUACUGUAAACAUGUAGAAAUUGUGGACAGUGUUUUUCAUGAUGAAAUCUUCUUGCAUACCUUGAGUUUUAGUACUAUCUGUAAAAAUGACUUCAGAUUUGUAGCAGCUUUAUUAUUGACCUUAAUUCAUAUGAUCAUAACAUAUCAUUGAAAAGUAUUUGCAUCUAAUAAUCGGUAUUGUCAUUUUAGUGGUCAGCGACAAAUUGAUUCAAAAUCUCCAACCAGUGCUCAUUGCUAAACCACACAAAUCUCUCCAAGGCUAUUUCCCCACUCAUUGUCAGUUAUCCAGGUUUUAAACCCAGUUUAGGUCAUGACUAGGAGGGUUGCUGGAAUCAUCUCACACUCACAGAGAUCACCCUGACCCCCCCCCUCCACUCUAUUUGUUGUAUCACCCCACCCCCCCCUCCUUAAUCCAACCCUAUCCUCUACCACUUUGCUGCUUCCAUGUCUUUUUCAGUUGCCCUCUUUCUCCCUGACCAGCCACUUUGAAACCGGUGGUAAAAUGAUGAA